AUGGAUGUGGUGGACAGCGGCGGGAGGCGUUUGAGGAGAUCGGAUGAAGGUCCCGCUGCUGUGUAUCCUCGAAUCUUCCUCGCGUCAAACAACCUUGUCGUCCCACCCGUUGUGAUUCUCGACAACACGCUCCGCCCGAUCCUCAACACUGCCGAGGUCGCCGCGCUCUUCUCUCACCCACUGUCUGCGUUCCUGUCCUCCAACCCGCCGCUCCCCGCCGAGCCCGAGACGCUUGAGGUGCCCUACCACUCCUCUCACGAGUGGACCUACGCCAACCCGAACGGGGCGCAGCACGUUGGGCGGGUCCAUCGCUUCAUCACGGGGAGAGAGGCGGGCGGGAUGAAGCCCGUGUUUGGGCUCACUGCCGCGAACCCUCAUACACGCUGCGACCGUCGCCCACGCGCGCGAGCCCGACUUCGAGGUCACGCCACCCGCAAAGCAUGA